AAAAUAUUAUUUGAUACUAUCAAAAUUUACGAGUAUUAAAUAAAGUCCAAUAUACAUCAUUUUUUAAGUUCAACCAUAAAUGCACAAAAAUAUGGUAAAUGGGAGACUCAAAGGAUAAACAUGUUUCGGUGGAGGCAAACAAGCCAGCACCCCGUCCGCAGCGUCAGGAGUUAACUUUAAAAGCAACUGGACAAGAAGCUAGAAACUAUGACUAUACCGCUGCUAGGAUUCAAGCGGGGCAGACGAAAAACACCAAUUUCCUCGAAACAGUCGGCAACUUUGUCAAAUCAUGCCUAGGCGGAGGCGUAGUCGGUAUCCACGCGGGCUACAAAAAGUGUGGACUGAUAUCUGGGCUUAUCAUAAAUGUCUUGGCCGGAUUUAUGCUUGCACACAGUAAGAUGUGUCGGCAGAUCCUGGUCUCAUCAGCCCAGCUGAUGUACGGACGGCUACAGGUGCCAAGUCUCACGUAUCCCGAACUCGCCGAGGCGUCGCUGAAGACAGGCCCAUUCCCAAAGCUAGCUAAAUAUGGUACCGUCUUCAGGUAUAUGGUAGACGCAACUAUCUGCAUAAACCUCUUCGGCUCUUGCUGCGUGUACUCAGUGAUCAUAGCUCGAACGAUAAAACAACUACUGGAAUUGGGAAAUGUAGUCGCAGAGGCAAACUUACGGAUCUACAUUGCCUGCAUGCUCAUUCCUUUGGUUCUUAUCGCCAUGAUUUUGAAUUUGAAGUACUUGGCACCAUUCUCUAUCGUGGCGAACAUAUUAUUGAUACUUUUGGCUUUCUCUACAAUAUACUUCGGAUCAAAAGCAGCCACCAAGUCCCCUACGGAGUUUCCAUUGAUCAAGGACGCAGAAGGAUUCUUUGAGUUUCUCGGAAUCUGCAUAUUCAGCAUGGAAGGCAUGGGAAUGGUGAUUCCUAUUGAGAAUUAUAUGAAGAAACCGAAAGAUUUUCCUAAGGUCUUAUGCGUGGGCAUGUCUGCGGUGAUUUCUGUUGUAGUGACAAUUGGAUUUUUCGGCUACUGGGGUUAUGGUGAGCAGGCCCUUACUCCUAUCACUAUGAAUUUUCCCUGGGAACCCUACCCAAUCAUUUUGAAAAGCAGUUUGGCUCUGGUUCUCUACGUGACGUUUGGCCUUAACAUCUGGGCUCCCUUCAAUUUGGUGUGGGUCUACAUCAAGGUCAGACACAACCCGGAUAGAUUAUGGUUUACUGAGCGUGUGUACAGAGCUCUAAUUGUGCUCGCGCUUAUCUUGCUAGCCAUAGCAUUCCCGAACAUCAACGCCUUUAUGGGAUUUCUUGGUUCCUUCGCGCUCGGUUUAAGCGGCUUCAUGUACCCAGCCGUCAUCGACAUCAUAGUCAAGUGGCAUGACCCUGGCCUUGGUUGUAACAAGUGGAGGCUUGGCAAGUUCUUCCUGGUUUUCUUUUUCGGCCUGUUCCUGUGUUUUUUGGGAGGCUACAGCAACCUCAAGAACUUAUUGAUGUCCAGUGGAUAAAAAUUUAAACCACCCCAAAAAGUGCAACCAGAAAGUCUCAUUAAGUACAUUUGAAAAAUAUACCUUGGCCGUCACCUUUGGUCUUGGAAAAACUAUGCGCAGGCAUUUUUCGGAAUACGACAUGAAAAUGCUGACAAAGCUAAGUAAGAAUUGUCUAUUAGUCUAGUCUGACUUUCAGGUAAACAUUUGGGAUUCCCAAAAAUAUUCAUUGUCAAACGACUGCACGACUCACGGGAGGUAAGUCCUUUUGGAUUUCAAAAUAUCUGUCGAUCGAUGGAGCUACCUGUUUCUUCUUAGCAAGCUUCUAGCUCUCGAUGGUGCAAACAAUGUUUGAAUUUAUCAUAUACUUAUAUCCCGUACCAAUUAAAAUAUUGUUCUUCCUUCCGAGGGUAUAAGUAAAGUAACUGUCGACAGCGAAUAGUGAAUGAAAAAUCUUUAAGCUUUAAAAGAUUUCAUGUCGUCCGAUUGUACUACACAUUACAAUGAGACAUGACCAAAUGAGAUGGGCUAGAGAGAUGUGGU